AUGCCUCCAACAGUCGAGGCGUACAACGACUACCUUAAAUUUCGAUCAGCUCCUCACCUGAAACGCGAAGAUGUUAUUGCCAGCCACCGGAUGCGUACUGUCACGCCAGCCCCCCCUCCCGCGGUCCCCCAAAUCUUUCUCGGUCGCCCUUAUUAUCCAUCCUCCCCUUCCCCUACGAUGGUGAAGAGAAAGUUGGGUUACUUCGAUCCUCAAGGUGUCGGACCAGGGCCUGCGGAACAUGUAAUGGACGCUCUUCCUGCCAGUCCUCCAAGUGCCGAUGUUAUAUCCUCCAGUGGCGCCACUCCUUCCUCCGCGGAGGAGGCUAGCAUCACCUACCCCUCAUCGUUUCCAGAAAUCAACGCUGCCGCAGCGAUCAACGACGGUACGAUUCCCAGUCCGCCUCUCCAUCCCAACGGCUCCACCCUCGAGCAACAGCAAGACAAGCAAUGGCAGAAUGACCAGGACCAUCGACUCGUUGAUCCCAACUUUACGAAUGCCACGCCAUGGCCGUACCUUGCUUUGGGAGUUAUCAGUCUGAUUUUGGCGAUUGUCCUGGGCUAUGCGCUGUGGAAUUGUUGGAGGAGUGUGAAGGUAGUUCGGCGAGGAGAUGGAGAGAAGGAGGGGAAGGAGGGAGGGCUAAAGAUGAUGGUUUUAGGAGCUGGCACAGGUUCGAGGUUGAGGGAGGAUGACGAGUCGUCUGGUUAUAUCAAGGACCCAAACAACUCCAAUCGUCUUCCCCCGCUCAAAUCAACUCAUUAUCAACCUCACGGUUUGAUCGCAACUUCACCUGUCACGCCAACCUCUUCCUCGAGUACCAGGACCCUGCUCUUGUCGUCCUCAAAUAGUGCGAGAAAGCAUACCUCGUUUUUGGAUUUUGGCAAUGAGGAUUCGUAUUACUCUUAUUCUGGGCCAUACGCCUUUGGGAAUCCUCAUUAUUCUUCGGACUCUCCUGCUCGGAGUGGACGACUAGGAGGGAAACCUGGUGGAUUGGCCAGGUUGUCUGCGUGGUGGAACCGGGCGAGCCGAACUGGCGAGAGCAAGAACAUUGGAAACACGGUUAGCUUGGCGUCGAUGAGGGGUCUCAAGUCGCCUACUGGGACGAAUAGCGCGGCUUCGAGCACCACGACUCUUGCCCUCCACAAUAGCCACAACCACAACAAUCGCACCCCAGUCUCAGCGAAUUCGACCUUUGUUGGGAGCAGUGUUCAUGGACACAGUGUUAAGGCGAUGGGCGACUCGGGCUCCAGAAGGCAUUCGGUUAUUUUGAAUGGGUCGAUGUUGAGUCCCAAUUCGCUGAGGUCGGGAAAUAGCGGUGCGAAAGGUCCACUCGGAGCAGGGGGAGGAGAGGCUCCGAUUAUCAGUCUCCCGAGUACGUGUUAUAUUCCGUAUACGCCUACGGUCAAGUCUUUAGCAGAGAAGGAUACAAAGGGGAGCGGAGGCGGUACGAAGAGGGUGAUCGGGCGCUUUUGA